GGAAGGGCGCCUUUAAGAACAUCCGGGUAAAGACGUCCGGGCUGCGAGGCGAUGGCGGUCACCGUCCUCCUCAGGAGGAACCGGCCGGGGACGAAAGCCCAGGAUUUUUACAGCUGGCCGGAUGAGUCGCUGGACGAGAUGGACAGUACUCUGGCGGUUCAGCAGUACAUCCAGCAAAGCAUAAGGGACGAUGCCUCGGAUAUUGAGAAAAUCCUGGAGCCUCCAGAAGGGCAGGAUGAGGGAGUCUGGAAAUAUGAGCACCUCCGGCAGUUCUGUCUUGAGCUCAACGACCUGGCUGUCAAACUGCAGGGUGAGUGCCACUCAGACACAUGUACGCAGAUGACAGCCACUGAGCAGUGGAUAUUCCUGUGUGCCGCACACAAAACCCCUAAGGAGUGCCCUGCUAUUGACUACACCAGACACACACUGGACGGUGCUGCCUGCUUAUUGAACAGCAACAAAUACUUCCCCAGCAGGGUCAGCAUCAAGGAAUCCUCCGUGGCCAAACUGGGUUCCGUCUGUCGCAGGAUCUACCGGAUCUUCUCCCACGCCUACUUCCACCACCGCCAGAUCUUCGAUGAUUACGAGAACGAGACCUACCUGUGCCACCGCUUCACCAAGUUCGUCAUCAAAUACAACCUGAUGUCAAAGGACAACCUCAUUGUGCCCAUCCUGGAGGGGGAGAUUCAGAAUGCCACGGCCGGGGAGAGUGAGGCCUGAGUGAGAUACCGAGCUGCGGGUGUCUGGGUGGGAGAGGCCGUCACCCUAACCCAACCCAAACCCCAACCUUUGUUUCUCAUCGCUGCUGAGGGCCCAGCGAUUCGCUCAGUACCCCCUCGCAGAGCCCAGACUGUGUCUCCUUUUCUGCUGUCCCUUUUUAUUUUUGCUGUUUUCGGGGUUCAUUCCUGCUUGCUCUGAUACGUCACCCACCUGCCUCCGUUCUUGUUGUUUGUCUGUUCUUAUAAUUGUUCGCUGUCUUCUUCCACAGACCUUGUUUAUUUAUAGGACGGUCAUCGCUGCUAGACUCGCUCUCUCUCUCGUGCUUCCCUUCCCUGGUGUUUGUGUGUUUUUUUUUGUAUCCUUGAAAACACCACAAUCAUGGUUUUUAAAAGACACUGCAAUUGGUUUGUUCCCUGUUUUUAGGGCCCCUAGCCCAGCCUUGCACAUGUUUGAUUGCACGGUGUAGAGGGAGCUUUACUCUGUGCUGUCCCUGGGAGUGUUUGAUUGGGGGGUGGGGGGGAGCAGUGUAGAGGGAGCUUUACUCUGUAUCUAACCCCGUGCUGUCCCUGUCCCUGGGGGUGUUUGAUUUGGGGGGGAUGGUGUAGUGUGAGAACACUUGGACAAGACUUUUUUUUUGGUGUGCAGACUGACUUCAGUAAGAAAUGAGGGCCCAGUUUACAUGAAAAUUAUAUCUGGGGCUGGAGUCCUGAGCAGAGCUAUGUUAACCUGCCCUGCACUGAUCGGGUACAGCUAAAUGUGCAGCUAAUGUAUACUGUUAAACCUACCCUUGGUUUCGAGUUUCGUGUAAACACACUGAACAUUUUUAUAUUCACGUUCACGAUGCCUAAUAUUAAAAGCCCCAUUUGUCUCAAA